UAGUUUAUUUGCAAAUGGUUGACAAAGUUUAAUAGCAUUGUAAGACUAAAAGUUCCAAUAACCAGACCAUCGUUUUGUAACCAUGGCUUCCUUGUUCUUCUACAUUCCAGUGGUUUUAGCUGUUUAUCUAUUUACCAAACACCUUCUCCACAAGCUUCAAAACCUACCACCAACCCCCUUUUCCCUACCUAUUUUCGGCCAUCUUUACCUCUUCAAAAGACCUCUCCAUCGAACUUUAUCAAAAAUUUCACACCGAUACGGUCCGAUUGUCUUCCUUCGAUUCGGUUCUCGCCCAGUUAUCCUUGUUUCAUCGCUAUCGGUUGCUGAAGAAUGUUUUUCCAAAAACGAUAUCAUCUUCGCCAACCGUCCUCGCCUGCUAAUUGGCAAAUGUUUGGGCUACAACUUCACCACGGUUGCUUGGUCACCCUACGGCGAUCACUGGCGAAACCUAAGGCGAAUCUCGUCCCUUGAAUUGUUAUCAGCUCAUCGCAUUCAAACUCUAUCUAGCCUCCACCUUGAAGAAGUCAAAUCAUUGAUUUGCGGAUUGCUCAAUAGACAAGAUGAUAUCGUGGACAUGAGGACUGCUUUCUCUGAGUUUACACUGAACCUAAUGAUGAGGAUGAUAUCUGGAAAACGUUAUUAUGGUGAUAAUGUUUCAGAUUUGGAGGAAGCCAAGAGGUUCCGUCAUAUUCAGAAGGAGACAUUUAGGCUGAGCGCGUCUACUCUCGGGGACUACUUACAGUUUAUGCGGUGGUUUGGUAAUUUUAAGAGGUGGGAGAAGAGCAUGAUGGAAUUGCAGAGGGAGAGAGAUGGGUUCAUGCAGAGUUUGAUAGAAGAACAUAAAAAUCAAAUGAAAUCUGGUACCUGUUCGACCUCCAAAGAGGGGAAGAAAACCUUGAUUGAGGUUUUGUUGAAGCUGCAAGAAACAGAACCUGAGUACUAUAAGGACGAGCUCGUUAGAGGACUCAUGCUUUCUAUGCUAAUAGGAGGGACAGACACUACGUCACAUACAAUGGAAUGGUCACUCUCUCUUUUGAUCAACCAUCCACAUGUACUAAAGAAGGCCCAAGCUGAAAUCGAUAAGCAGGUGGGACAUAAUCGUUUGGUUGAUGAAUCGGAUCUAACCCAACUCCCAUACCUGCAGAGCAUAAUAAAUGAGUCGUUGCGAAUGUACCCGGUAGCCCCGCUAUUAGUACCUCAUGAGGCAUCAGAGAAGUGUGUGGUGGGGGGUUUUGACAUCCCGGCUGGCACUACACUAUUUGUAAACGCGUGGGCUAUUCAAAACGACCCUAACAUAUGGGAGGAUCCUGAGAGCUUCAAACCAGAGAGGUUUGGGUCAGGAGCCAAAAAUGGGUUGAAGUUGAAUUUGAUGCCUUUUGGAUCGGGACGGAGAGGGUGUCCUGGUGAGAACUUGGCCAGGAGGAUAAUGGGGCUGGUUUUGGGGUCCCUAAUUCAGUGCUUUGAUUGGGAGAGACCUGGUGCAGAGAUGGUAGACUUGACUGAAGGGAUCGGUUUCAGCUUGCCCAAGGCUCAUCCCUUACUUGCUAAGUGUCGUCCCCGUCCAAACAUAUCUAGCUUUCUCUCUAAAAUCGGGAAUAAUGUAGCAUAGCUUAGGAUUACAUAUAUUUUUCUAGGAGUCACCGUCCCAAUAUAUUAAUUACCAAAUCAGAAAAAGGAUUUGAAAGAUAACCAAUGUAUGGAUGAUGAAUUCGCAUGUUGAUUUGACAAUAAUUAUUGUUUAUCUUUUUCUUUUUC